AUCGAUUUUAAUCGACGAUGAUGGAGGACGAAUCAUCUUUCGCAAGCAAAGAAAAUUUUCCUGUUCAUUACCAUCUCGAGGUGGUUUUGGCAUCGUCGCUCAUGGAGUGGCAGGAUGUUGCUUUUCAAAAUCGAGUAUGGGUUUGGAUGAAGUCUCACAGGGAGGAACUGAAGAUUGGGAAAUAUGGAGAAAUUUAUUUUUCCGACGACAUAUCCACCCCAACAGUUCCGGGGGGAACUGAUGUCGUAAAGAUGCGAGUUAUGACUGACUAUGAGGACAUAAAAAUGAAUCCUUCAGACUUUUUUUCACCGGAAAAUCUCCUUCCAAUAUACACGUUCGAGUUAAGCCACGACGAGAUUUGUACGGAAGAGAUCCAGCCCUCGGGUGGAGAUGAUGAAUGGACAGCGGGAUGCGACAGUCUUACCUUACCUCAUGUCACACUCGAUGGGUUAUGGGAAAGUUUGAUUUUUAAUUCGAAUAUCAAGAGGAAACUCUUGGAAUACGCGAAAUCCGCAAUUCGCUUUAGCGAAAAACAAGUGUUUCAACAUAUUGUCCAUUGGAAUCGCAUCUUGCUUCUACACGGGUGAGUUCCACCAUGGAGAGCAAACGAUAACAGCAGAAAAGAGCGACAAAUGAAGAUUUAUAAUGACUUCACCUGUUGUUUCGGCUUGUAUUUAGGAUAGCGUCUUACAUCUGAUCUUUUUUGCAUUCUACCGUAGACCCCCGGGGACCGGCAAAACCAGCUUGUGCAGAGCACUUGCUCACAAAUUAUCAAUCCGACUCCGGGAUCGAUUCCCACGCACGACUCUGUUGGAGAUUCAUUCUCAUUCACUCUUCAGCAAAUGGUUUUCCACCAGCGGAAAACUUGUGUCUGCCCUAUUUUCGAUGGUCAGGGAUAUGGUCGAAGACGAUCCCGAGCGCUUGAUAUGCGUCUUGAUCGACGAAGUAGAAAGUUUGGCAUCGUCCCGUAGCAACACAGGCAACGGUGAUCCAUCCGACGCUAUGCGAGCUGUCAAUUCGUUGCUUACAUCGUUGGACCGACUGCGACCCUUCCCGAACGUCUUUGUGAUGGCAACGACGAACAUAACGGGUCGAAUCGAUGACGCUUUCGUGGAUCGUGUCGACCUAAAGAUGCACAUUGGAAUGCCCAUUAUUCGUGCACGAUACGAAAUACUUAAAUCGUGUUUAGAGGAACUGAUGAGAACGGGAAUUGUUGAUUUGCAUGAGUUUGCCGAGUUUGCUUCCCUGGCGGAAAAGGAGACAGGCGAAGGCAGUCAUGCCAAUGGGAAUGUUGACGUGAGCAGUAAGCUUUUACUGGAUUGUGCCCAGAGAGCGGAAGGCUUGAGUGGAAGGAGCCUCCGUCGGCUUCCGCUGCAAGCUCAUGCGCAGUUUCUGCCCCCCACGAAUGAUAUUAAUGAGAAAAAAUCGGUUCAAUCUUUUUUGAAGGCCUUGUCCCUAGCCGUUGACUCAGAGCAGGAAUCUCGAUUGAAACUUUGAUCCAAGGAAAUAAAAAAAUACGACUCAUUCGCACUGCGUCUUAGAGUGUGCGGAGCAAUGUUCAAAAUCAUUGGAACAAGGGGUGGGAUGGGGUCAAAGCUUAGAAUACUACUAAAAACAAGAGAACUAGCUUCGACAUAUUAUUGCAUACAGUGCUGUAACAAGCAUCUCAACAGUUUACAUAUCAA